AUGGAAUUAUUAUUAUCAAGUACUCUUCUUAAAGUACAAGUACAAGUACCAAGUACUCCUCUUCAAGUACAAGUACAAGUAUCAAGUACUCUUCCUAAGGUACAAGUACAAGUACCAAGUACUCCUCUUCAAGUACAAGUACAAGUACCAAGUACACUUCUUCAAGUACAAGUAUAGUACUUUUACUUGCGGUACUUGUACUUGUCCUAGCUCUG